AUGAGGCAAUCCUACUCUAUGAUCUCCGUGCUCGCUGUGCUAGUGACCAUCGAUCUACUGGUCACGGCGGUACCUACCUCCCUCCAGAUUAGAGGAGAGACUACCAAAGCGCCUCUGAUAAGUUCGAAGGGUAUUCAGCCAGAGGACGUUGAUCAAGGUCCAUGGGACUCUUCGUGGUUCAAUUCCGUCGCUGUCGCUCUAGGUCAUGCUCGUCCCAACGUUCUGGAACAGUGCUGGAGUGGUAGCUCAAUCGACGAGGUCACCGAAGCGGAUUUCAGCUUGUAUGAUAAACAAGGUGAAAAGAAGACGUUGAACGUAAAGUUGAAAGAUGUCGAUGAUAAGAAUGAGGCGGAUUGUCAUAGUGUGAAACAAGCAUGGUGGAUAGGCGGAUUGGAGCAUGCUGCUCUUCAAAUGGGAGGAUAUACAGGAUUGGAUACCGAUCCUUUCACCGCCGGACAACCCACAGACGCUUUCAAGAUGCUCACCAACAAGGACGCCGAAGUAUACGAUUUCGCAAAAGAGCAGAACAAGGAUGAUCUGUGGACAUUGUUCACCUGGGCUGCUCAUACACCCAUUGUAUUUUCUUCUAUCGCCACGGACGGCACAGAAGUAUGGUUCGCCGUGUUAUCAGCCACGAGCGGAGAUCUAGAAGAUGGUGAAAAACCUUGGGAGAAAGGGGAAGUCAAAUACUACGCUGCGAAUCGUCAUACGAUCGAUACCCUUAAUCUGGCCAAGGAGGGCGAUCAGAUAGCUCAUGCCGUACAUUGGAAAUUCGAUUAG